AUGUCCACCAUCAAGGUUGGUGUUGUGGGCUAUGGCUUCGCCGCCAAGAACUUCCACCUGCCCUUCAUCACCGCCAAUAAUGACUACCAAGUGAUCGCCAUCCUUCAACGAGCAGAGGCUCCCAAAGACCUGUCUUCGGCGACACCUGGCUCCCACUGCAAAGUCGACUUCCCUAAUAUCAGGCACUAUCGCACAGAGGAGGAGUUCUUCGCUGAUCCUGAUACACAACUUAUCGUUGUCGCAACACAUACGGACACUCAUGCUUCGUUUGCUGAGAAAGCCUUGCGAGCUGGAAAACAUGCAAUUGCCGACAAGCCAUUUGCGAGAUCGUCUGAGGAAGCAGACCAUGUCAUCGAGCUUGCAGAGAGCAAGGGCCUGAUUCUCUCCUGUUUCCAAAACCGGAGAUGGGAUGGCGAUUUCCAGACGUUGAGAAAACUCAUCAAAGAGGAUGCGUUGGGCGAUAUCAAAGAGGCAGAAAUUCACUAUGACUUCGAGUCGCCUCCUUGGCUCUCUGGAAUGACGAAAAAGGAGUACACUCCUGGAGAUGGCAUGGCCCUUGGUCUGGGAACACACAGUAUUGACCAGGCUGUCACGCUGUUCGGUCGUCCCAAGUCCGUAACAGGCUUCUUCAGAGCUCAAAGAGGCAUUGAGAGCGAGGUUGAGGACUCUUUCACAAUUAUCCUGCAAUACGAAGGGCCUCAGAAAGACCUCCUUGUCACUGUGAAGACAUCAGUCACCACGCCCAUGUCGCAACAGUUGAAGCACUUCAUUCGAGGCACCAAGGGCUCUUGGCUCAAGUUCCAACAAAGAAGCACAUGCCCUCAAGAAGAGCAGAUUGCAGAGGGCCGCAAACCAUUGGAGCCUGGCUUCGGCGAAGAGUCUGCGGAGGUUUACGGCACCUUGACGACAUACAAGGAGUACCGUAAGGACCAGAAGUUUGAUGAGGCGACAAGGAAGUAUGUUGGGCGAGUCCCAACUAUAACGGGCCGGUGGCUGGGCAUUUAUGAGAAUCUCGCAGAUGCCAUCAACGGUAAAGCCGAAUUGGAGGUCAAGGCGAGGCAGUCUCGAGAUGCGAUCAGGAUUAUCGAACUCGCAAGGGAAUCUCACAACUCUGGAGCGACUAUUGCAUGGAAGUAA